GCGGUCGUUUGUGGCGCUCAUUUUCGACCGGAGGAUUAUGAGUCAAGUGAUGUGAUGGAGUGCAGUAUGGGAUAUCGAAGCCAGGACCGUGUGAGGCUGAUAGCUAGUGCGGUUCCGUCAAUACACACAGCUCCGGCAGCAGCAGCAGCAGCAGGCUGGAGUGAGAGCGCGGGAGCGUCGGUCAGAGAUUCAGCAAAACGAAAACGUGAACUGUGCAACACUUUGGUAGACAACAGUACUAAAGAUUCACCUACAGCCAGUGAUGCUGGGCUUAUAGACCCAGAGCAAGAGGUCGUCUCUCAACUGGUUCCUCAGCCAACAUCUGUGCUUCACUGCGGCUCACAGUGUAACCUCAGACCUUUCCAUCGUUCAUCAGCUGUCCAGGUACAGCCCAGGAUGGUCAGUGUGGGGUGUCAGACAGAAUCUCCACUGCCCAGUCCUGCACACAGUGAUGAUGAGUCAUCUUCUGUAACCAUGGACCACCCUGGGGAUAUGCCAUGGAGCCCAGAGGAGGAAAUGAUGAGCGAGUCGUCUGACGAGGAACCAUCAAAAGAGCCACUGCAGCGAACUAAUGUUGAUCUCAAUGCUGCUGACAAGUUCAUUGUGUGCCAAGCCCAGCUGAUGUCCUUGUUCACCAUUUGCCCUUCCUGUUGUGGGGAAACCCAGGGUAAUGUGGAGCAGCAAGAGGGAACGUAUAUAAAGAUAAAACAAGUAUGUGCAGCAUGUGAGCUCAGAGGUCCCAAGCAGCACCUGGUGGGAACUAGAGGUCUGAAACGCAGCAUUGACUUCCUUAAGGAGCAACACAUGCAAGUUUCAGCCCUUAUAGUUGCCCAGUGGCGUGCGGGAGAGUUGUGGUCCAGGAGGAACGACUUCAUUUCUUUUGAUAUCUGGCAUAUUGGUCUAGGAAAGCUUUUGGAUUCUGCUGCAAAGGAGAGGGGUGUGAGGACCUUGAAAGCUGUGGAGGCCAGCCAUCAUCAAUCACCUGCUUCUCAUGGCGCCUGCACUUUUAACCACAAUAAGCAGCGAGAGAGGUUGCUCGACCAGUGGAUGCAUACGCGCAGCCCUGAUGGAGUCUCUGAGAGCUUCACAGAGAUACUAGAAGUGCAGUUUGUUAUCCUGCCCAGGAGAUCCGCCAAGGAUGAGGAGCAUCUGCUCCAUAUGCAGGCUCUGGAUCAGCGGGCCCAGGAGACCAGCAUGGAGAACUGGUUGAAUCCUCACUGCUCCCCCCGCUGUGACAGGAACUAUGGACACCCCGUCUGA